UGUCUGUGUUAUCCGAGAUACAGCAAGUAUGAAUGGAAGAGCAAGAACAGAGUAGACAAUCGGGAGCUCCCGCAAUCCAAGUGAUUUGUGUGGCAUCGAUCGAGCUCUCAAACAAAACAAGUGUGUACGUCGACACGUGGUCAGUGAUAUCACGCCCUCAAGCGGCGGUGUGCGAGUUGCUACAGCAACCACUGACUGUUGUAAAGUGUCAUGGCGCUGCCCAUGUAGCGGUAGUUGGUUCAUCUGUCUGCAGUGCAAGCAACCGACACUGGACCGACACGGGCCUCCCUGUGCAAUUUCAGAUUUAUUCUACACGGACUUAUGAUGGACAGCAUGACAGUGAUGCACACAUUGCACACAUCCUAGAUAAGCCAUUCCACCACCCAGUAUUCCAAGAUAAAGACCUAUCCCUCUCAGCUGUUCCUCGGGGCUGGUACCUACCAUGGAGCACCAACUGAAGGUCGUGCCUCCUGCUGAGCCCCUUCCACGCGUGUCACGCUCCCACAGCCUCGUCAGUAAUGACAGCGCACAGAGGAGUUUUCAUAUCAUUGACGAUGAGGCUGUCAAGGAACAGAAACAGAAGGAACUGAACAACAAAGUUGAACAGCUUCUUCUUAGUCAGAUAAAGCAAGGGGACGCCAAUGCACAGUUUCAGCUGGGCCAGUUUUACUUUGAAGAGGAAGCUUAUGAUGAGGCGGCUGUUUAUUUCCAAAGAAGCGUUGAUCAAUGCAGAGACUACCAGGCAAUGUUUCAGCUGGGAAUCAUGUAUUACGAUGGACUUGGAGUCAAGGAAAACCAUAAAUUAGGAUUUGAGAGCAUGAUGAAAGUAGCCAGCUCCUCGAGUAAGAGGGCCAAGCAUCUUGUUCCCUUUGCCCAGUACAAUGUUGGCCGUGCCUACUUUGAAGGCUACGGCGUGAAGCAGUCGGACGCUGAGGCAGAGAAAUGGUGGCUCCUUGCAGCCGAUGAUGGCAAUCCACAUGCAAGUAUUAAAGCUCAGACAGUGCUGGGGAUGUACUAUUCAAGAGACUGGAGUCUUGAUCUCAAAAAGGCGUUCUUUUGGCACUCUGAGGCUACUGGCAAUGGGAGUCUGGAAUCACAAGGAGCUCUUGGAGUAAUGUAUGAAACAGGACAAGGAUGUUCAAAGAACACUGACUCAGCCUUUGAGUGUCUGAAGGAGGCUUCUGAAAGGGGCAACGUGUACGCUAUGGGGAACCUUGUGGCUCACUACUAUGGCAAGAAGCUAUACACCAAAGCAGCUGAACUUGCAGCACGAGUGUCUCAGCUGGAUGAUUUUGUGGAGCUGAGUAAGACAACGGACUGUCUACCAGUAUUUAUUGCUAAGGGUAUAGCAUUGGGUAGCUUCUUCUAUGCUCGCUGUUUACACAUGGGCCAUGGCGUGAAGAAGGAAAAAGAUCUGGCUCAAAAGUACUAUUCACGGGCUUUUGAGUUUGAUGGGUCUACAACCCAACGUCUCCAGGGACGAGUCACCCACGGAGAAAUAUAAAGAUGUGCACAUUUUCCUCCUAUUCAUUAAAAAAUCUGUUUAUUUAUUGUUAACAUUUUGAAAUCAAUUUUUUUAUAUAUAUACCACUUAUAGAAUUCCUCUCCUUUUUUAUUGGGGUCUGGGUGGGGAAAUUUACAGUUUUUGAAAGAUUACACCAGAACAAAAAGCCCCAAAAUGCCACUUUAAUAACACAACAGCCCACCAUUAAAAAAAUAUGCAAAAUAAUUAAAUAAUAUGCCAAUUUGUGUAACUUCCUUGGGUACAGAAAAAUGGCUCUUAAUAUCAUUUUCUGUAAAUAUUGAGAAAACUCUGCAAUGAAUCUUGAAUUUUGAGUUGUCAUGUUUUGGUUGAAUUAUAUUGCUUUAAAAAGUAACCAUUGACUCAAUCGAAAUUUAUGGAUUAAAUAAAAUAAAAUACGGAAGCCUUUUUGAGAUAUGGCGGACGCAAUACUACACCACUAUAAGGUUUUCUUUUGGUAAAUUUGUCUGUAUACACCCAAACCAAACAGCUAUACAUUUGUAGACUCCAAUCAGGUUUGCCAUACCUCAAAAAGGCUUAUAGCGUAGACCUACUUAAGAAUUUUUACAAGGGAUUAAUUAUUCAGAAUUAUUCUGUUAUAUUUUAUUGUAUUUUAAGUUUGGCAGCGCAUCAAAAGGAUGGCAAAAAAUAAUUGUCAAACAUUAUUUGAUAGGACAACUUGCCGAUGAAUACAAGUCAGGUCCAUAUUUCAUAGAUUUGCUUAUAAUUUUGUGCCCAACAGUAGGAUCUUAGCACAAAAGAAUUGUGCUCAGAGUCAGAGGUGCAACGUGUUGGAUUAGCUCGUAGGGCCUCAAAACUUUUCAUAGAAGUUGAGGAGAAUUUGAUUGACAUUUAAUAUUGUGUGUUUGACAUAUCUAUGAAUUCAAGAAAUAUGUAAAAACUAUGUACAGUAAAUGAGUUUUUGAUAAAAAUAAAUAGUUUUUUUAAUAUCAGAUUGAAAAAUAAUACUAGAAAGGUAUUUUCUUUUCCUUAUUU